UGUCGACACAGAGCAUACUAUGUAAUUAAGGUUAUGUGUGAUAACUUUCGACGCGUAGCAUUUUUAGUAAACAACAGAAAGCAAUAUAAUUUAAUACGCGAGUGAUAUAUUUUUGUUUUGACAUUAAUUUUAGUCGCAAUGUUCGAGGCACACAGCAUUAAUGCAGAGCACAAAGAUCUCAUACAUGAUAUUGCCUACGAUUAUUAUGGCGAACGCAUGGCGACAUGCUCCAGCGAUCAAUUUGUUAAGGUCUGGGACGAAGAUGAACAUGGAAAUUGGCAUCUAACUGCUUCUUGGAAGGCUCACAGUGGUUCAGUGUGGAAAGUUACUUGGGCACAUCCAGAAUUUGGUCAGGUUCUUGCUACAUGUUCAUUCGACCGUACUGCUGCUGUUUGGGAGGAAAUUGUUGGUGAAGGUUCAGGCCCAGAGGCACGUGGUAGUAAGCAUUGGAUUAAAAGAACAAACUUAGUUGAUUCACGUACCUCUGUUACUGACGUAAAGUUUGCACCAAAGACUUUAGGCCUUUUAUUGGCCACUUGUAGCGCAGAUGGAUUCAUUCGGAUAUACGAGGCACCAGAUAUCAUGAAUCUGAGUCAAUGGACAUUACAACAUGAUAUCAAUUGUAAACUUUCAUGUAGCUGUCUUACAUGGAAUCCAUCUCUUUCAAGAUUACAUCCACCUAUGAUAGCAGUUGGUAGCGAUGACUCAAAUCCAUUGCUUGGUGCAAAAAUUUUUAUUUACGAAUAUUCUGAGAGUAGUAGGCGUUGGGUGAAGGCUGAGACAUUAUCAAGCAUUACAGAUGCUGUUUAUGACAUUGCAUUUGCUCCUAAUUUAGGCAGGAACUUCCAUACAUUGGCUAUAGCCACGAAGGAUGUACGGAUAGUUACCUUAAAACCAAUACAGGAUAGUAUGCAGACUGGUGUGUCACAUUUUGAAACAAAUGUAGUUGCACAGUUUGAUGAUCAUUACUGCACUGUGUGGCGUGUUAGCUGGAACUUCAUGGGAACGAUUUUAGCGAGUUCCGGUGAUGAUGGCUGCGUUCGAUUGUGGAAGGACAAUUAUAUUAAUCAUUGGAAAUGUAUUUCUGUCCUCAAGGGAGACGGUACCCCGGUUCAAGGUGCCGAAACUCCCGUUUUAGCAACUCCUCCGAAUUCAUCUACGCCAGCUCAACAGACGCCGUCUACCACCAGGUACUAUAAACUGGGUACCAUCAGUCAUCCAAACCAAGUACCUUGGCAUUAGAAGAUUAAUUAAUUUCUAGAAUAGACAACUGUCAAUUAUUUUGAAUUUAUUGAUAUAUUUACUGAUUAUGUCAGUUUCUAUUAGAUAGUAAAAGUGUGUGGAGCGUACAUUCUCUUUGUUAUAAUAAAAUUGUGAUUUAUCUGUGUUCUCCAUCCAUGUAAAUCCUUAGUUCACAUAUAUAUAUUUUGUUUCGUUUAUAAUAUGUUUGUUUAUACACAAAUUGCGUCUUUUUAAUAUUGGCUCUAUUUUUUAAAGCAGUCACAAUGUUAAACAUUUACAUCAAGCUAAACAUAUUAUUAUACAUAAUAUUGUGUUCUGCACUAUUAUUAUAAACUUACAUUUUAUGUAGAACCAAUUUCUCCUUUUUUUUUUAUUUAGACACGCUCUGCUCGAUUGUCACGUUAUUAUUUAUUAGUCUUAAAAUACUGAAAUAUUGAUCAUAAAAAAGCGCAAUUUAUAUAUGUAAUAUAAAAUAUAUAAACAGUUUUUGAGGAUAUGAAUGGAGGAUAUGAAUGUCAUAGUACGGAUAUGUAUUUGUUAAAAUCAGACUCUGAGAGAAAUUUCUAAUCCACUCAAAUUUUGAUAAAUUAUUUUUUACUAUCGCAAAUUUAUUACUGAAAUAAAUGGCGAAAGAUUUGUAACAUACUUUUUAUUAAUAAAUGCUAUUUCUGGAUAAUAAA